CAUAUCCCGAGGAAGUGAAUGUUGUGUUGGGGACGGAGUGGGGAAAGGGAGUAGUAGAGGCAGAUGAGGAAGAUGUUAGUGACUGGGGCUCUGUGGACGGCGCUUUUCCUGACCAUUCUGGGGCGACCCCUUGCAGCUGACGCCUACUUUUCCGAGGAGCGACAACCGAGCGAGUCCCCGCUGCAGAGGCCAACUGUGCUGAUCGCUAUCAUCGCCCGGAACACGGCUCACACCCUGCAUUACUAUCUAGGGGCCAUCGAGAGACUGGACUACCCUAAGGACAGAAUCUCCAUAUGGGCAGCAACGGAUCAUAAUAUAGACAACACGACUGCCAUACUGAGAGAAUGGCUGACCAGCGUGCAGAGGCUUUAUCACUACGUAGAGUGGCGCCCAAUGGACGAACCAACAACCUAUCCUAAUGAACUGGGCCCCAAACAUUGGACCCAAACCAGAUUUGAAUACAUUAUGAAGCUGAAGCAAGCUGCCCUGAAAUCUGCAAGGAAACAGUGGGCUGAUUACAUCCUAUAUGUAGACACGGAUAACAUUCUCACAAACGACCAGACACUGAACCUCUUGAUAGCUGAGAACAAAACUGUCAUAGCUCCAAUGUUGGUGUCACAGACGGCGUACUCCAACUUCUGGUGUGGGAUCACUCCUCAGGGUUAUUACCGCAGGACGGCGGAAUAUUUCCCGACGCGGCACCGCCAGCGGUUGGGCUGCUUCGCCGUUCCGAUGGUGCACUCGACGGUCCUGGUCGACCUGCGCAAAGCGGCCACGCGGGACCUGGCGUUUUAUCCGCCGCAUCCGGAAUUUUCCUGGGCCUUCGACGACAUCAUCGUGUUCGCCUUCUCCUGUCGUGUCGCAGAGGUUCAGAUGUACGUGUGCAAUAAAGAGCGAUAUGGUUUCCUCAACAUUCCCGGAAAGCCCCAAAGCACAUUGGAAGAAGACCGCCUGAACUUCGUGCAUCUUAUGUUGGAUGCCAUGAUUGAUGGACCCCCAAUGUACCCAUCGCGAUUCACCUACCUCCUGCCAAAGUUCCCGGAUAAAAUGAUAUUUGAUGAAGUUUUUCUAAUAAAUCUGCAGCGACGCCCAGACAGACGGAAGAGGAUGCUUCAGGCAUUGUAUGAGCAGGAGAUUGACUGCAAGAUAAUUGACGCUGUGGAUGGAAGUGCUCUGAAUAGCAGCGCCUUAAAAGCUAUGGGAAUUAACAUGUUGCCAGGAUAUUACGACCCAUUUUCUGGCAGGACUCUAACCAAGGGAGAAGUUGGAUGUUUCCUCAGCCACUAUUCCAUCUGGAAAGAGGUUGUGGAUCGAAAGCUGAACAAGGCUGUGGUGUUUGAAGAUGAUGUGAGGUUUGAGGCCCAUUUUAAGCGGAAGUUGGUGACACUGCUGAACCAAAUCAAGGAUGUUGGUUUGGAAUGGGACCUUAUCUACCUUGGGCGAAAACUGGUCUUUCCCAAUCAAGAGGAGGCUGUAGCGAAUGUCCAAAAUCUGGUGGUCGCAGACUAUUCGUACUGGACUCUGGCCUAUGCCAUUUCACUGCAGGGAGCGGAGAAACUGGUCAACUCUGAGCCAUUGAAAAAGAUACUUCCUGUGGAUGAAUUCCUUCCCAUCAUGUAUGACAAGCACAUAAAUGAGGAAUAUAAGAAAGUCUAUCCCAAACGAGACCUGAAGGCAUUUUCCGUCCGUCCACUGCUGGUGUUCCCCACUCACUACACUGGAGAUCCUGAAUGGCUCAGUGACACCGAAACCUCCACCAUCUGGGAUGACGACUCGAUGAAGACGGAUUGGAGUGGCUCUCAAAAAACACUGAAGGGUACCCAGGCAGGGGCCUCACAUCAGUCCAUUGGUCCUGCUUCAAGGGAUGAACUCUAAUUCUCAGCAAGUCAGUGUUAGAAAGUGAACUUUCUGCAGAAGAUGAUGAUUUGGACAGACAGAACUGUCAAAGCUUGAAUGAAGAUUUUCCGGCUGCAAUAUUGCGAACUUUAAUCAAAGCUCAUCUGUCAGACAAAGGCCAUCCAGCUAAAGAGAUGAAUCCGGACGAUGAGCGACGAUUGUUCGAACCCCUUUCGGCACUUGACGUGUGAAACGUGGAAGUGUUACCCAACACCAAAAAGGCACAUGAGGCACUGCCCUUAAAGAAUAAUCUUGAAUAAUAGGCAGGAAAGCAUGACCCAACUCACCAGCAAUAGAAAGAAAAUUGUGCAUGUAGAUAAUUCCUUCAAGAUUUUUGAACCACACAAGCCAAAUUUCCAACCUGCACCACCAACCUAUCCCCGAAUCCACCAAUGUCUCCUAGUUUAAUUAGGAAAAGGAAUAACUUUAAAUGAGCCUUUCUCCAGUCCAGAAUCUCCAGUGGACAUUGCAUCGUCCCUAUUGCCCUCCUCCAGGCAGCACAGACAGGGCUGCAAUUCUGGUGCUGGGGUGGAGGAGGUGAGACUGCAUGUCAGGGAAAGAGGGAAGAUACAUGCUUCGGAGUCAAGCACACCACAAUGGACUGAAUGGCCUUUUGCUAUGCUCUUAUCACGCUAUGAAAUUGAGCAAAACUCGUGGGCAACAAAAAAAUGUAACACAAAGGAGUACCUUUAGUAAAAGAUGCUGAAUGAUAUUGGAGAUUGUUCCUCUUGAAUAGGCAUGGUCAGACUCCAUCCCCCUCGAGAGCCUUAUGCAAACACCAAUCUCCUGCUGAGGCACUGAGCCCUACAGUCUGGAGGGCCCAGGUUUGAUUGCUAGUCUGUGUUGAGUUGGCUGAUCUCUGCUGUGUUGAUCAUCCUGGCAGAGUGUUACACUAGGCUGGAAUGGAGUGGAGUCCCUAAGCAAAAGAGGAGAAAAACUUUCAACCAGGGCCCCCAGUGUUCCUGAUUGGAGAUCCAGCAAAUCCUGUCUGCUAGCAACUGUGCGGGGACACUGGGUGAGACUGGGGCCAGUUCUCUACCUUGAAUCGCCGGCAGCACUUCCAGUUCGAUUUCCAGUUUUUGUUCGUUCUUGGUAUUUGAGCAUCACUGGCAAAGCCAGCACUUAUUGCCUAUCCCUAAUGAGUGUCUUACUCAGCCAUUUCAGAGGGCAGUUAAAAGUCAGCCACAUUGCUGUGGAUCAGGAGUCACGUAGGCCAGACCGGGUAAGGAUGGCAGAUUUCCUCCAUUGAAGGGCUUAGUGAACCAGGUAACAAUCCAGUAGUUUCAUGAUUAUUAAUGAGACUAGCAUUUUAUUCCAGAUGUAUUAAUUUAAAUUCCCCCCAGCUGCUGUGGUGGGAUUUGAACUGUCCUGAUUACUAGUCCAGUAACAUAUUAUCACUGUGUUACCAUCCCUUCUUGCUAGGAGUGGGUGAAAUUGGUCUACGCCAGAAGUGCAAAAUAGGGUCAUAAUGAACCAGCAUCCCACUUUACACCAAGCUUGAUUUUAUUGUCCAUUGCCUUCAAUAAUCCAAGGUCUAGAGAUCAGAGUGUUCAUGCUACCAACCCCAGCACUAGCCUUGCUAUCAGUGCAGGGAAUAAAAUUAAAUGAAAAAAAAAAGGUUAAUUCCAAACACACACUAAAUUUAGAUUGGCACCACGUAACCUCUAUGGGUUCAGGGUCCUUGGGGAUGGGGAGCUCAAAAAUGAUGUUAUGAGGGUUUGUUUAAAAAAAAAUGCCUACCUUUCAUUUACAGAAAUAAAAGGAAAUAUUUUACUGAACAAAGAGAGGUUCACACCUACAAAAAAAUGAUCUCAAACAAACCCUUCCAAAUCCUCAUAUUUUCACGUCCCACCCUGUUCUAAAUCCAAUCGUUUUUGUUAAAAUUAAAUGUUAUUUUCUGUCCUCUUGUUAAAUCCCAGGGGUUUAAAGGGUUGCAUUCUAGGACUGCAGAAACCUGUCUUCCAUGCCUUAGGGGCAUCCGUACAGGGUAUGUAAUGAUAAGUGGUAUAGAAAGAGUUAAACCUGAAACAUUAGUUCAAGCUAAACCUUGACAGUACAGCAGAAGGGAUGGGGGUGCAGCAGAUAGGGUGUUGGUUCACACUGACGAAAGACAAAUUCAGGAGUGAUGUCAGGAAGCUCAUCUUCAUACAGAGUGGAGAAAUGGAAUGAAUUCUGGGAAGAGGUGACCAAAACCCUGGAAUUAUUUAAUGAAAGUUCAGAGGUAAUGUUGUUAGGGAGAUGUUGGUGCACUCAGUUUUGCUGUGAUGGGGAGCAGGGGAGGCCUGAAGGGCCUUCCUGGCUGAGUGAACCAGAAUGGCCUUGUUUGUAUUUAACUUGUGCUUUGUGCUCUUGGUUUCAACUGUGUCUUUUAAAACUGGAAUUAACGGGUAAAUGUCUGCCCUUUUCCUGUGCUCCCUGGUGCAGAGUCCUUAUUACCAGGUACACACAUCGGAAGACGGUCUGGGUGAAUCAUUGAUAUUUCCAUCAACACGUGGACAGAUGAUCACCAACUGCAACCCAUGCUCUCCGAAGGGCAAGGACUCUGCACCGAGAGCAGUGAAGCAGAAAUGCCACCCUUCUGUUCAAAGUGCUUAAGGGGGAGGUUCCGGAGGUAGUGUUUUUAUAGAGAUGUUGGUGCUCUCAGUUUUAUAUUAGAGUUGCAGAUCUCUGUGUGUACUGAAUUUCACCAUAAAUCUGUGGAAAUAUC